AUGGAGUACUCGGAAGAUGAUUGGGAUCCGCCUGAGGGCUACACGUCUCUCGAGUGUCCGAAUUCACCCGAAAACAAGACUCUAACAUGUCCCUACAUCGGCUGCGAUGGCUUCACAUUCGCUUCAGCUGACGAGUUCGCAGCCGCGCCUGCUCUAAGCAGGCACGCGAGAGAAAGUGGCCAUCAAGUCGAAUGGUUUUGUCGAGCCGAAGACUGUGAGCGGUACGGAAUGAUGUUCUUCACUGGUGCUCUGUAUUUCAAGCAUCUCCGUUAUUCGUCGGGUCACCGCCGGAACGAUGAGAGCGAUCGUGAACCUCAGGAUAAUGAAUCCCUCUUUUCGCCUUCUUCCACCACCGGUGCCCAGAACACUGGUGACGAUGUCUACCACCCUACCCUUCAAGUCACUUAUUCUAGUGACUACUUUUGCGACGAGCCCUGUUGUCACCGUUACCUCAGGGAUUACAAGUGCAAGUCUGAGCUCAACCGCCAUGCAGAUACCGGCGCUCACCAGAUUGCUGCCAACCUGAAUCGAGUUCUGUUGAGGAACACUCCCGCUGAACACCUCUGCGCUGAUCAGGAAGCCAUGCGAGCCCUGAAAUGCAACUGGUCCGACUGCGAGCUGUUCGGGAAGGAUUUUAAGAAUGCAAGAACCUUUUACAGACAUCUUCAGGAGGAAGACCAUCGUAAUGGGUGGGAGCUCCCGCUCCAAGAUGAGGACUUUGAGUACAACAGCGGCCCUGAAUCAUUCCCCGGAAUAGCUCUCUAUGUCGGCGACCACAUGGGAAUGUGUAUCAACGAAAAGUGUCCCAGACUGGGUAUGAAGUUCGAAACCUACACGGCCAUGAGGCAACACAGCAGAUCUUUUGGUCACGCCCUGACCGAAGAGGACCUGGUCUCUACAGACACUGAAGACCCCGACGAUAACGAUGAAGAGAUCUGGCAAACAAGUGAUCUUUACGGCAUGGAAGUCACUCAAGAUGGUGGUCUAUGGAGAUGCGUCAAACAAGGCUGCAAGGGCUACCACAAGAUCAUGAAAAACCUGAACAACACCCGGUCGCACUUCAACUCUAACGCGCAUGCUACAGCGGAUUUCGAACUCAGUUCUUCCGACGAGUCCCAGGAGGAAUUAGAGGGUAUGGAAGCCGUCCAAAGCGGCGGUGGUUGGAAAUGUGUGAAGCCAGGCUGCCAAAAGCUCGGAGCUACCUAUCGCCUCCUGCACAACGCCAAACAACAUUGCUCGACAGACGCCCAUGCUCUUGCCAAAGAACCGAGCCCAGAGCCAGAAGAACCGCUUCUUGACGUGGAAUAUGAUGACGAAAAGGCUGCCUGGGUUUGCACAAAGGCUGCCUGCAAGCGUCGUGGCAUACCGUUUGCUCAUUUUGGCUUCGCUCGACAGCACGCUCAAUGCGCUUCUCAUUUGAAGGCUGUUGAAAACACAGCGACACCUACGCAACCAACUGCGCAUUUUUUCAGGACCCCGAAACGUCUGAAGCGUUCUUUCCCUAGCUCACUUCUUACACCUAUCGAGAUAGAUGAUUUCGCAGUUCCUGUCAGUCCUGGAAGUCCCUCUGCUGGCCGAGGCUCGAUCACUGUGAGGCACCCGGAUGGCAGUCCUCAUAAUGACGCUUCCACUCGAACCCCAAGACAGAUUCGAGUUCGACGAUCUUCUGCCGUCAGCCCCGCUGUUGGGAAGCGAAUGGCAGAUCUCGAGAAGGAAACUCAGCAGCUGAAGGACCGUGUCACGGAGUUGGAGGGUUAG